AUGAUAUUAAGCACACUCUUCCCUCUUCUAUGCUAUGUCUCUUUUCUCUCUGCUUACAUUAUGACAGGAUACAGGGAUGAUAUUAAACACACUCUCCCCUCUUCUAUGCUAUGUCUCUUUUUCUCUGCUUACAUUAUGACAGGAUACAGGGAUGAUACCUCUUCCCUCUUUAAUGUCUCUUUUCUCUCUUCCCUCUUCUAUUCUAUGUCUCUUUUCUCUGUUUACAUUAUGACAGGAUACAGGGAUGAUAUUAAUCACACUCUUCCCUCUUCUAUGCAAUGUCUCUUUUUCUCUGCUUACAUUAUGACAGGAUACAGGGAUGAUAUUAAGCACACUCUUCCCCUCUUCUAUGCAAUGUCUCUUUUCUCUGCUUACAUUAUGACAGGAUACAGGGAUGAUAAUAACACACUCUUCCCUCUUCUAUGCAAUGUCUCUUUUUCUCUGCUUACAUUAUGA